AUGACAUCGCCGCCAUCUCUCGUGCAGCCUCCACCUGCAAAGCUCAAGACACGCUCUGAUUUUUCUGUAACACUUGUAGUAGCACCAUCGAGUAUUUCUUCCUCUUGGUAUCGCUAUGAAUACAAAGAAGCAGGUUCGACAUGGGACAAGAACGCACAGCACGUGGACGCGAUGGAAGGGGCAUCGGAAGUGGUUUUAGAUGAUCUUAAUCCCACUAGCACGUAUGAAGUCCGCGUAUACGAAGUUGUCAAGGAUCCAGAUGGGAAAGAACAUGUGUCAGAGCCCAGUCAAGUUGCUGCUGUGGAUACUGAAGUACCAGGCUGUGGACCGGAUGGAAACUCGGGCUGUUUGUGCACAAUCCAGUGA